AUGAUCAUUACUUCCCUUCCAACCGUACUCCUCGUCCUCCUCCCCCUCAUUACCGCAACAGCGGUCCGUCGAAGCAUCCCACGGCCCGGCCAAGUAGGCCAAGAGCGGCCGUUGAUCACCCCAUCGCCGGCCAGCUGGGAUCCAACCAAGACAUACAAAAAGAGAGGCGUGGUCAGUGAUCUUGCCGGGGAUGUCAAUUCCAUACUCAGCGGCUUGGGUUCAGACAUACCCUCAUACGUCGCGUCAGGCGUGCCCAAUUUCUUCCAGGGUUUUCCUACUGGGGCCGAUGUGCAGAGUAGCUUGGGGCUCAACGAUACUCAAGUCAAAGCGCUGCCGACACAGGUGCUGAACAUACCUGGCUAUGCCAAUUGGACAGGUCAAGGCUGGAAUCUUCGCUUCCACGGCAACGUCUUCAAGCAACCUAAUAUCACCGAACAGAGACUAGAUGAUCUUGCGAACGUAUUCUUGGUCGGCACUUCCGUUGAAGAUCUUCCACCAUCCCAGGCUUCGCAGGCUCGAAACCUGACUGCUGAAAUAUUCAUAAUCCAGCAGAGCAACCAGAAUGUGACCUUCAAUCUCCAGCCCGCACCUACUGCAGGGGCCUCUGGAGAACAAGGCGGAGGCGGAGCCGUGACUCCACAAGGCGGAAGUCAACAGAUUAAGUAUCCAAUUCCAACAGAUGCGGAGGGAGACUUUGACGGCUUUGUCCAAAUCAAUGACGCUGGGCUCGAUGCUGGCAACUCUACAAGCGAGAUCCAGCGCCUGAAUGUCUACACGGAGGGAGAUGUGAAUGGAAAUGCAACUGCCUACCUUGUUCCUCCAACAGGUCUGGGGAUCAUUUCCGACAUUGACGACAUCCUACGCGUUACCCAGAUCUACGAACCAUCCUUGGGCCUCCUGAACACUUUUGCCAAGCCUUUCACUCCCUGGAUGAAUAUGCCUGACAUCUAUGCCAACUGGUCGCGCACCCUUCCGAAUUUUUGGUUCCAUUACCUGACCACCACCCCUGAGCAAGUGACUCGCAAUUACAUGGAUUUCAUCUACAAGAAUUACCCUGGCGGCUCCUUCGACGAUCGUCCUUUGAACUUCAGCGACGUCAGCGCUACAUUGAGCAUCCGCAAGUUCUUACUCGAUAAGGUCUUCCAGACCUUCCCACAACGAAAGUUCGUUCUAAUUGCGGACACGAGCAAUAGCGAUGUUAUGAGGGAUUACCCAGCCAUGGUAACAGAUUACCCAGGCCAAGUACAAUGCAUCUUUCUCCGGAACACCACGAAUACGGAUCCCGGUGAUAGAUUCCCCUACGAUACGAGCGGAUUCAAGAAUGUCCCAGCAAGCAUGUACAUGUUCUUCGUCGUACCUGAUGAUCUCACAAACCUAGACAUCGCCAACGGGCAGUGCGUCAACACUACCAUCAAGCAGAACCUCACCUUUGGCUACCAGGGCUUACCUGAUGGGAUCAACCUUGGCAGUGCCAAUAAGAAAGGCUCUGGAAGCUUGCUUGCGGCAUCGACUACAUGGGUGUUUGCAGCGGCGAUGGGAGCGGCAAUGUGGGCGCUGUAG